AUCUACUACAUUAUCUGUAAAAAGCAACCCACGUUAUGCCACUGCACGUGGCACAGUGGGUUCACACCCACUGGUUCAAGACAAUGUGAUAGGGAAGUCUCAAGCAUCAUACAGCACUGAGCUUGGAAGGACGAGGACAGGACGCAGCUUGUUGAGUGCUGGUGCAGCGGUUGCCUGUGGACUUAACCCUAGCUGGGGCAGGGAAUCUGGGAGAUGGAACCUAAAAGGGGAGGUCUGACGUGUUCCCUGGCCUUCUCCGUACUGGUGGCGGCCAUUGGAUCCCUGCAGUUUGGAUACAACACAGGAGUGAUCAACGCUCCCGAACAGAUCAUCAGGUCCUUCUAUAAUGACACCUACAUCCACCGCUACAAUACACCCAUGUCGCCAGCCAUGCUCACCUCCCUGUGGUCGCUCUCCGUGGCCAUAUUUUCCGUCGGGGGAAUGUGUGGAUCUCUCUCUGUUGGAUUCUUUGCAAACCGCUUUGGCAGGAGGAAUUCCAUGCUGUUGGUCAAUGUCGCCGCCCUGGUAGGAGGAGCGCUUAUGGCUCUCUCGAAGAUUGCUUGGUCCUUUGAGAUGCUUAUUAUUGGGAGAUUCAUCAUUGGGAUUUUCUCUGGAUUCUGCACUGGUCUGGUACCUAUGUAUAUUGGAGAGCUGGCACCCACUGCUUACCGAGGAGCUCUGGGGACACUAAACCAGCUUGGCAUCGUAGUGGGAAUAUUGAUAGCACAGAUUUUUGGUCUGGAAGUGAUCUUAGGGUCUAGCACAUACUGGCCACUCUUACUAGGGAUCACCGUUUUCCUGUCGGUCAUCCAGUGUAUACUGUUACCAUUCUGCCCGAAAAGUCCCCGAUAUCUACUUAUUAUGAAGAAGGAGCCUGAAAGAGCCGAGAAGAUUCUACAGAAAGUUCGAGGAACUCAUGAUGUGACCGCUGACAUUGAAGAGAUGAAGGAAGAAGGUGAACGCAUGGCACGGGAGAAACCUGUGUCCUUUAUAGAACUGUUCCGUUCUAGACAGUAUCGGCAACCCAUUAUUAUCUCCAUCGUUCUGCAGCUUUCACAGCAGCUAUCUGGCAUCAAUGCUGUCUUUUACUAUUCCACAAGUAUCUUCACAAAAGCAAAAGUCCCUAAUCCAAUUUAUGCAACCAUUGGUGCAGGUGUGGUCAACACUGUUUUCACGGUGGUAUCGCUCUUGGUUGUAGAACGCGCUGGACGUCGGACUCUGCACCUCGUUGGUCUUGGUGGAAUGGCCGUGUUUGCACUAAUAUUGACAAUUGCCCUGAGACUAAUCGACAUUGCCAUGGGAUGGAGCUACGUCAGCAUCGUGGCAGUCUAUCUGUUUGUGGCUUUUUUUGAGAUCGGCCCAGGACCCAUUCCUUGGUUCAUUGUAGCUGAGCUCUUCAGUCAAGGUCCUCGGCCAGCGGCCAUGGCGGUAUCUGGAUGCUCCAACUGGACAGCCAACUUUCUAGUGGGCAUGUUGUUUCCCUAUGCAGCGGACGGAUGUGGCCCCUAUGUCUUCCUCAUUUUCAUGGGUCUGUUGAUUAUCUUCUUCAUCUUCACUUUCUUCAAAGUCCCCGAGACAAAGGGCCGGACAUUUGAAGAAAUUGCCAAGGGCUUCCAGGAUAAAAGCCAUUUAAAACCUGUUGCCAAGCGUAACAGUGUAGAACUUACAGGAGUCAAGGCCCAGGAUCCAAUAGGGUAAACACAACAGGAUCAAUGGUCCCUCUAGCUCUACCUCCUCUCUACAGAACGUUUACUCCGUAGACCAUUCAUGGACUGGGACAUCUCAAGAGUUUUUUUUUUUGCUUGCUAAGGAUAAAAACCCAUACUAUAAAGGGGGGAGGGAAAGAAAUAAGAAAAAAAAAAAAUGGUCCCCAAGCAAAACAGAUUUAUCAUUGUCUAAAAUAGGACAGAGACCUGCCGAGCCUGUAAAAAUUGACCAGUUUCUGAAAUCGCCAAAUGUAAAUACAAGGACAGUACUAAAAGGGAAGCAGGAUGUAA